AUGUCGCAAAUUCGUAAAGAUAAUACAGCUUGUUUACCACGUUUAAAACGUGAAAUAGUUGAAUUAUAUAAUGAACCACUCAAAGGAAUCAAAGUGAAGUUACACGAAAAUGAUAUAACUUCAAUGUGUUUAAUAUUAACUCUCCAUCAAGGACCAUAUAAAAACUUAAGGUUACAUUAUAAUGUUAAGAUACCACAGGGUUAUCCUCAAAUAGCACCUAUUGUUACAAUACAAACACCAGUAAGACAUCCUAAUGUUUUCGGAACGUUUAUUUGUGCUGAUAUAUUACAAGCUCACCAUCAUCGUAGUUCUGAUUAUUAUAAUGGUGGAUAUACUCCUGGUUAUUUACUUAAAUAUAUUUUUUUACAAAUAUUAAGCUUCUUUUCUGAUAAUAAUGUUGAACAGGAGUUUGGUUUUGUAGAACAAAUUAAUUCCGAUCACGAAGAUUUUAGGACAACUUCUGAAAAAGUUGUAAAAAAAUUUGAAUGUAAAAUAUGUGGUUAUAAUGAUUUGAAAGCUUCUAAACCUUUAAUGCCAAUCCUUACUGAUAAGGAAUUACAAAAAGAGAUGAAAGAGAUGGAUUCCGGUUGUUCCAGUAUAUUAUCUAGCGUAAAGGUAAACCCAAAAAAUAUUACCGUGAAAGAUUCUUCAUACGUUUCAACAACUACGGUAAAUGAUUUAGAUGAUGAUGCUUGGUUACAUAUUAUAGAAUUUUUACCGGAUCGUGAUAUUGUGGUCUUGUCGAAUGUUUAUGCACGUAUUCGUACUCUUGUUCAAUUCUAUAAUAUAUUAACUCGACGACAAUUAGUUUGUUUUUUUCUAAGAAAAACUUUUAGAGAAUGCGUUCUUGGAGUUGGAGUAAAUGCUAUUGGACGAAUUGAUAAAAGAAAAAUUACUAUAAGUGAAUUUGAUCUCUUCUCAUAUGAAGCAUUUAAAGAUCAUGGUUUACGAGAAGGAAUUUGGGGUGGCAAUUUCACGAAUUUUCUUCCUCUAGUGUUAAAUAAAACCCAUUUCAAUCGUGCUUUACCUAUAAUAAAAUCUUCCUUAAUGGCAUUACGUGGAGAAAUUGGAAAACCAUGGAAUUCUUCAGCAAUUCUAAAAACAAUUCCUAGUCUUAUGAAUACAACUGUGGUCGCCCUAAUGAAAGCUUGUGAUGAAAGUGGCCAGCCUUCAAGAUCAAAAGUUUUAAAAGCUUCUGAGAAAGCAUUACAAGGAUAUUGUCUUUUGUUGCAUCUAUUAUUAAAGUUAUCAAAACAAUUUCCUGAAAUUAUUACCGAAGCUGAAAAUAAAGUUAAAGCAUUUAAUCGAGAUAGAAGAAAUCGUCAGAAAUCUUCGACACCUGAUUUAGGAGAAUUCAUGAUUUAUUUUUUUUUAGCAAAAAAUGUUUCCUGGUCUGAAUUCGUUCCUUGUUUCUUGAAAGAAUUAUUAUCACGUAACGUAGUUUGGUAUUUAUGUAAAGUUCCUGGAUUAGCAUUUCUUGAACCAGAAGAUUAUGUUUCUAAAUAUAGAGUGGAAGAAACUUUUACUCAAAGUGGAACUUCAUUACGACUGGUUAUGUUUCAAAUUGCAUUCAUGAAUAUGGUUAAAGGAAAAGAAGAUGAUAUGGAUAGAAGAUAUGGAUACCCUUCAAACGAAAUGAGUAAUUCUCUUCUUUCUCUUAUCAAGGAAAUUUAUGCGGCAAAAACCUGGAAUGUUUUUUUUAAAGUGAUUGGUUUUCCAUUACCAGAAAAAAAUUGGGAAUCAGAAAUUUGUGACAUGCUAACAAACGCAGUGAGAGAUAGUGAAGCAAGUAAAUAUCACCAAAACCCUUAUACAAAUAAUGAAUUAUUUUAUCUAAGGAGAACAAAUGAAGCGAAUAUUCCUACUCCUAAUAGUUGGUUAAAUGAUGAAAAUAAUAAAGUCUCUGAAAUAGAGAAAUAUGGAGUCGUGAAAUUUUUGACUUUUCAACCAGGUGAAAGAAAUAUAAGGGAGAAUGAAAAUAAAAGACAUUCCUUUUCUUUUACAUCCAGAGGGAAUGAUAAUAAUAAUAAUAAUAAUAACAUUAAUAUUAUUAAUGAUAAUUAUGGGAUUGGCGGGAUUGGUGGACGUGGUGGGCGUGGUGGAGGGCGUGGUGGUCGUGGUCGUGGUCGUGGUUGGCGUGGACGUGGUGGCAAUGUAAAUAUGAACCAAAGACAUACGUAA